AUGGAUGGUCGUGCAGACAUGAGCAUGCGCACAGCACCUAGCAUGGACUUUGAGCGCUCAACCUCGGUGGUACCACCGCUGAGCCAGGAGCGGAUAACAUCGACCGAGUUCUGGACAAACUUUGCCCUGGAGCUCGACCCGUCGAAGCUACGGCGAAUCCGCUUCUCAAUGCCCCUGAUUGUCACUGAAUUCGACCCCGAGACUGCCCGCGUAUGCGACCGAAACGAGGACUCGGCGCGCACAGUGGUUGAAACCACCGACGGCAUUCUGAAGAACGGCCACCGCGAGGGCCGCGAGAUCGCAAAGGACGCGACACUGAUUGUGGCCUCGCCUGCCGAUGACGACGACGACGGCUGCGAGACGCGCAAUAGUGCCGACAGCGAACAGAGUUUGGCUAGGGCUCGGACCAGCUCUGACGCCAGGCGGGAUUCCAUCGUCCAGCCCAUCCAGUGGGAUGUCAGCGCCCUUACCCGCCGCCAGUACCGCGUCCAGGAGGUCUGGGAGCUGUACGAGCGCACGUGCAAGUCGCUGGAUGUCGACCCAUUGCCCCCAUUCGCCGACAUUCUGCAGACGCAUAUGCGCAAGGAACAGACCCUCGGCAGUCUGGACCUGUCGGGCUGCCAGCUGGACGGCGUGCACAUGAAGUGCUUUGCAGAUAUCCUUGACCUGAACUUUGGUUUGGUCAAGCUGGAGCUCAGCCACUGCAGCAUCGAUGACGACGCAGCGCGGCUGCUCGUCUACAGCCUGCUGUGCAACGACAGCGUGCGGUACCUGGGCCUGUCCAACAACUCGCGGCUGCGCAGCGACGGCAUCCGCUACAUCUCGAUUCUGAUUCGCCACAGCAAGCAGCUGCAGGUGCUGGACAUCUCGGGCAUUGCCAUCCGCAAGAAGAGCGCCGGCUAUCUGGCGGCCGCACUAGCAGGGCUCGGCAGCAACUGGACAGUUGGACGCGGAUCCAUGCGCAAAAAGACAUCCAUGUGCGAGCAGAUCAGCCUGAAGGCGCUGCGGAUGAACAGCUGCGGGAUCAAGCCGGCGGCGCUGGCAAUUCUGGCCUCGGGCGUGCGCUUGUCGCCGCUGCAGCACCUGUCGCUGCGGCUCAACUCGCUGACGUCGAGUGCUGGCCCGAUCCUGCGCGAAAUGCUCUACGGCGACCCGCCCCAGCUGGCUGCAGCGGCGAGCACGCAGAACCCGGUAGCACGCGUAGCCAUGACGCCCAAGCGGCCCAUCAGCAUCUCCCUGCACGGCCUGUCGGAUGCCCAGCACUACCACGACCCGAGCUCCUCGCCGUACAUAAUCGGCGUGGCCGACACCCCGCGGACUGUCGCAGCUGCGAUCGCUGGAUCUGUCGCAGAACGAGCUGGGUCGCGGCAUGAUGGAUCUGGCCGAGGGCCUGCUGUGGAACACGAAUCUGAAGAGCCUGGUGUUGCGGCAGAACAAGCUGCAGCCAAGCAUCCUGAGCUCGUUCAUCGAGUGCCUGGGCGUCAACACAGGGCUGGCCUACCUCGACCUCAGCCGCAACCCGGUCUGCGGGCCCAGCACGCUGGGCAUCGAGGCCCUGUCACAGGUCAUGGCACGCAACCGCUCGCUGCGUGGGCUGUUCAUGUCAACCACAGGCAUGACCUCUGA